UCAAAUUAGACCCAAAUCGCACGCAGAUAAAAGAUUGGGUUUUAAGUAACCCUACUUAUUUGAUCUAGUUGAGAUAAGAUAGAAGGAUUAAUACAAGCCUAUUUUAAACAUCCAACAAUAUUUGACUUUUUAUGGCUGAAUCAAGCAUUAUUUGACUUGUUUGAGUGGGAUCACAUUGCAAUUUGCCUUGACUUGCCCUGGCACUAGAUCUCAAAGCUUCCGUCAGCUACUACAUCAUUCCAACACAAAAACGUAAACAUUAGACCGCCACAACCUAUAAAUCAACCCUUUUUUCAGCAUCAAAUUUCACACACAUGCACCACCAUUCUCUUACCUUCCAAAAUGGGCAGUGCAAGUAGGCCUAUUCUCUCUCUCCUCUGCUUCACCCUUCUCAUCUCCUCUACUUUCUCAGAGCUCUGCAACCCACAAGACAAAAAAGUCUUGCUCCAAAUCAAACAAGCCUUCAACAACCCCUACGUCCUUACCUCUUGGAAAACAAACACCGAUUGCUGUACUGACUGGUGUUGUGUCACAUGUGACUCCACCUCUCACCGCAUCAACUCCCUCACCAUCACUGCUGACAACCAGCUCUCUGGCCAAAUCCCACCUGAAGUUGGUGACCUUCCAUACCUCGAAACCCUUGAAUUCCACAAACAACCCAACGUCACUGGUACUAUUCAACCUGCCAUUGUCAAUCUCAAACACCUCAACUUCCUCGGACUCAGCUGGCUUAAUCUCACUGGCCCAAUUCCUGAUUUCGUCAGCAAACUCAAAAACCUCACUUCCAUUGACUUCUCAUUCAACCAACUCUCUGGCUCAAUCCCACCCUCACUUUCGGAGCUUCCAAAGCUCGGUGGACUUCGCUUGGACCGUAACAAACUCUCCGGACCACUCCCCUAUUCUUUCGGCAAUUUUCCUCAGGGACUAUACCUGUUCCUAUCUCACAACCAACUAACCGGUCCAGUCCCAACCUCGUUCGCCCACAUGGACUUUGGCUAUAUUGAUUUGUCGCGAAACAAACUCGAAGGCGAUGCAUCUGUGGUUUUCGGAUCGAGCAAGACCACAGAGAUCGUGGACUUGUCGAGGAACUUGUUGGAGUUUAAUCUGUCAAAGGUUGUGCUCCCCAAGAGUUUGACUUCUUUGGAUCUUAACCACAAUAAGAUCUUUGGAGGUCUUCCUGUUGAGUUGACCAAAUUGAAUUUGCAGUACUUGAAUGUGAGUUAUAAUAGGCUUUGUGGUCAGAUUCCAGUGGGUGGUAAAUUGCAAAGCUUCGAUUAUUCGAAUUAUUUCCACAACCGGUGCUUGUGUGGCUCUCCACUCACAAGCUGCAAGUGAUCUUAUAAUGGAUUUGCACAGAAACUGAAGUGGGUCUCUCUGUAAUUUUCAAUUUACUACUACAAUGUACUAAGUUUUUCAAAAGCUGUAGUCUCUAGUAAUAAGUUUGCUUUAUUGCAAAUUUAGUAAGAUCGAGAACAGACAGGAGAACUAUGUAAUAAAAAAACAUGUCCUUCGCCGCGUUGUGCUAAGAGAUUAGGAAGCAGAUUCGGUGUUUUACGUACAGCUAGGCACAGGUUUAUCUUGUUACAGGAAUUUAUCCAUUUUGAGAAUAUUUAAAAACACAAUUAGUUGAUGAGAGUCUUUGUAAGUUGUAACUUAAUUUCAAAAGCCGCGAUUAGUUAGACAACAUGCCGCUUUCAUGUUUACUGUUUAGUCGCGAUGAGUGGUAUUAUCAAAUAGUAAUAAGCCGGACUGUUCCCACGAUAUGCUCGUUUCUCUGCUACUCACACAAC